AUGUCUGAACUUAUCACUACAAGAACUUCGUCAUUCAGUGCUAGAUGGAAUGACAAAGGCAGCGGCGCUACCCGUGCUCCAAAUGGCUACGUGGAAUUAGGUGAUGUGGCCAUGAGCGGGUUGACUCAGACACCCGCUACAAGCGAUAUCUGGUGUGUACGCCAAGACCUUGUCAAGCAAGGUAGCUUUGCUUCGAACAGCAUCUGGGAUGAUAAGAAGUCUAAAGCCAAGUCUGACGUAUCCAUUUGGGAGAUUCAGGGUAUAAAUCGCACUGAUCCCGAGGAGGAAGUCGGAAUUACUGCAAUUUGGAACUAUCUGCGCAAGCCACACUUAUAA